CUGUAGAACUCAAGCUAUCUUCAUUGUGGCUGGAGUUUUAUGCUUCUAUGCUGCCUUAAUCUCGAGCGCAGGUGGAACUGGCGGUGGAGGUUUAUUCAUUCCAAUCAUGACUAUGAAAACAACUUCAAGUUUCUCUGGGAAGCGUUUCUUGGGCCAAUACUUGAUAUGGGUGAUGUUGCUGUUGGGGCAGCUGCAUGAAUGCAAAAGCUGCAUUGAGAAAGAAAGAAAAGCUUUGUUGGAGCUAAAGAAAUAUUGGAUGUCAAUGACCGAAGAGUCGGACUUGGACUACGUUUUCCCUACUUGGAAUAAUGACGACACAAAGAGUGAUUGUUGCCAGUGGGAGGGCAUUAUGUGCAAUCGUACAAGCAGGCGGCUAAUCAAGCUUUCCAUUAGUGCUACGAAUUUAAAAGAGAAUUCUCUCCUAAAUCUUUCUUUACUACAUCCCUUUGAAGAGGUUCGAAGUCUGGAAGUAUUAGCAAGGCUCAAUGGCUUUACUGAUAAUAUUGGAGGUUAUAAAAGCUUAAAGAAAUUAAGGAACCUGGAGAUUCUGGAUCUCUCUUACAAUAGAUUCAACAACAGCAUAUUUCCCUUUCUUAAUGCUGCUACAUCACUUACAAGUCUUUCCCUUCAGGACAGCUUUAUGGAAGGCCCUUUCCCUUUUGAAGAAAUAAAAGACUUGACAAACUUGAAACUGUUGGAUCUUAGUAAGAACAAACUAAACGGCACCAUGCUAGGGUUGAAUCAUCUAAAAAUGCUAGAAGCUCUGGAUCUAAGUUACAACUUUUUUUCUAGCAUAAUGGAACUGCAAGUAGUGUGUGAAAUGAAGAAUCUGCAAGAGCUCAAUCUCCUUGGAAAUUAUUUUGUGGGUCAGCUUCCUCUUUGUUUUGGUAGACUAAACAAGCUACGGGUUCUAGAUUUCUCAUCCAACCAGUUAAGUGGAAAUCUACUAUCUAGUUUCAACAGCCUUGAGUCCCUCGAGUAUCUAUCAUUAUUAGAUAACAACUUCACAGGCGUAUUCUCUUUUGAUCUGCUCUCCAACCUAACAAAGCUUAAGGUGUUCAAACUUUCAUCAACAUCAGAAAUCAAAGCAGAGAGUAAUUUGGUGCCAAGAUUUCAACUGAGUGUUGUUGUACUACGAGUUUGCAGCUUGGAGAAAAUCCCUUUCUUUCUCUUGUACCAAAAGAACUUGCGUCUAAUUGAUCUAUCAAGGAACAGAUUAUCCGGAAAUGUUCCUACCUGGCUGUUGGCGAAUAAUCCGACACUUGAAGUAUUACAGUUGCAGAAAAAUUUAUUCACUAUCUUUCAGAUGCCUACAAUAGUACAUAAUUUGCAGUUCUUGGAUUUCUCAGUGAAUCAUAUUAGUGGACCAUUCCCUGAUCAUAUUGGUCAUGCACUUCCACAUCUGGUACGAAUGAACGGCUCAAAUAAUGGGUUUCAAGGACAUAUACCAUCGUCUAUGGGUGAGAUGGUAAACAUUACAUUCCUGGAUCUAUCUUAUAAUAACUUCUCUGGGAAUCUCCCUAGAAGCUUUGUCACGGGGUGUUUUUCACUUCAACACCUCAAACUCUCUCACAACAAGUUUAGUGGCCAUUUUCUUCCUAGAGGAACAAGCUUUACUUCACUAGAAGAGUUGAGAAUUGAUAGCAACUUAUUUACAGGGAAGAUCGGAGUUGGUUUGCUUAGCUCCAACACUACAUUAUCAGUUCUUGACAUGUCCAACAAUUUUUUCACGGGGGAUAUUCCAGGUUGGAUGUCUAACUUAUCUCGUCUCACUAUCUUAUCGAUAUCAAACAAUUUCUUAGAAGGUACAAUACCAACAUCUUUGAUGUCCAUUGGCUUUCUUUCACUUAUUGACCUAUCUGGAAACAUAUUAUCUGGAUCUCUACCGUCACAUGUUGGUGGGGAGUUCGGGAUAAAAUUGUUUCUACACGACAACAACCUCACAGGACCUAUUCCUGACACGUUGUUGGAACAUGUCCAAAUACUUGAUCUACGGAACAAUAAACUUUCUGGGAGUAUUCCACAAUUUAUCAAUGCCAAGAGCAUAUAUAUUCUUUUGUUGAGGGGAAACAAUUUAACAGGAUCGAUCUCAAGACAGCUGUGUGAUUUGAGCAAAAUCAGACUUUUAGAUCUUUCAGAUAACAAGCUCAAUGGCAUCAUACCUUCAUGCCUAUAUAAUUUAUCAUUUGGACGAGAAGAUACAAAUUUCAAUAUAGGUACAGCCAUAUGGAAGAUUACUCCGUUCAAAUUUUACGAGUCUACAUUUUUGGUAGAGGAAUUCGAGGUAAUAUCCUCUAGUUUUCAAGGCAUUGAAAUUAAAUUUGCAACUAAGCGAAGGUAUGAUACUUAUUUUGGAGCAACUGAGUUCACCAAUAACGUACUUGAUUAUAUGUAUGGAAUGGAUAUGUCAAGCAAUCAAUUACAUGGGGUUAUCCCAGCAGAGCUUGGAGAUCUUACAAAACUACGAGUCAUGAAUUUAUCUCGUAACUUCUUGUCGAGUUCCAUACCAUCCAGCUUCUCCAAUCUCAAGGAUAUUGAGAGCCUUGAUCUUUCGCAUAACAUGUUACAAGGAAUAAUUCCUCACCAACUAACCAGCCUUUCUUCUCUUGUUGUCUUGGAUGUAUCUUAUAAUAAUUUAUCUGGAAUCAUUCCUCAAGGAAUGCAAUUUAAUACCUUUAGCAAGAACAGCUACUUGGGCAAUCCCCUUCUUUGUGGACCACCGACCAAAAGAAGUUGUGAGGCUAAGAAGAGCUCAAAGGAAUCACAAAAUGAAGGAAAAGAAGAAGAUGAUGAAGCCCCAUUUGACAUGUUGGCACUCUAUUUUAGUACUGUUUCAACUUAUUUAACCACACUAAUAGGACUUCUAAUACUUAUGUUAUUUGAUUGUCCUUUGCGUCGCGCAUGGCUCCACAUUGUCGAUGCUUCCAUCGCCUUAGCCAAAAGUAUGUUGCGCUAA